AUGGUCUGCAGAAGAAGAUCCUCAAGAGCAGAGCCUCCACGUAAUCUAGCGUUAAAAAACUUGUGUGAUUCACUGAUAAAGAAGAGAAACGAGAGGCGCUCAUCAGGAUCUGAGGAGAUCUGCAGUUUACACAGUGAGAAACUCAAACUCUUCUGUCUUGAGGACAAACAGCCGGUGUGUUUAGUGUGCAGAGACUCAGAGAAACACGUCAAUCACACAUUCAGACCCAUCAGUGAAGUGCUUCCAUCUCACAAGGAGGAACUGAAUACAGCACUGACAUCUUUACAAAACAAGCUCAAACAUGCAGAAGAAAUGAAAGCAAAGUGUGAUAAAACAGUUCAACACAUCAAGUCUCAAGCUGAGCACACAGAGCGUCAGAUUAAAGAGGAGUUUGAGAAGCUUCAUCAGUUUCUCAGAGAUGAAGAAGAAGCUACAAUCACUGCACUGAGGGAGGAAGAGGAGCAGAAGCAGCAGAUGAUGAAGGAGAAGCUGGAGGAGAUGAACAGACACAUCUCAGUUCUUUCACACACAAUCAAAGACACGGAGGAGAUGAUGAAAGCCAGCGAUGCCUGCUUUCUGAAGGACUUUAGCAUCACGAUGGAAAGAGUCCAGAUCUCACAGCCGGAUCCACAGAUGAGUUCUGGAGCUUUGAUUCAUGUGUCACAUUACUUGAGUGACCUGCGGUUCAGAGUCUGGAGGAAGAUGCAGGAAACUCUCCAACACACUCCGUUGACUCUAGAUCCAAACACAGCACAUCCUCGGCUCACACUCUCUUCUGAUUUGACCAGUGUGUCGUACAGUGAUUUAUGUCAGAAUCUUCCUGAUAAUCCAGAGAGGUUUGACAGGUAUGCAUGUGUUCUGGGUUCUGAGGGCUUUAACUCAGGAACACACUGCUGGGAUGUGGAGGUUGGAGACAAUACAUACUGGAUUGUUGGAAUAACCACAGCAUCAAACCAAAGGAAGGGAGAUGUUUUCUUUAACACUAAUGUCUGGCGUGUGCGGUACAUAGACAGCAAAUACAGCUCACAAUCCUCAGAUCAACCCCCGACUUAUGUUACAGUUAAAGAGAAGCUGCAGCGUGUGAGAGUUCAGCUGGACUGUGACAGAGGAAAGGUGUCCUUCUCUGAUCCUCUAACUAACAUCUGUCUCUGCUCAUUCACAACAACCUUCACAGAGACUGUCUUUCCAUUCUUAUAUAACUACUGCACAACUUCCCCUCUGAGGAUCUUACCAGUUAAACUGAUCGUAACAACAGAAAAUCACAGUUAAAUCUCAUUCUGCUU